AUGAACACAAAGAACGAAGAAGAAGAACGACGGCUUACCACAACGAAAAUAGGUGAGAGAUUUUGCGGAGGUCCACGGCGGGAUCUGGAAGCUCCGACUAAGAGGAGAAGGCGGAGCGAACACGCCGCGCUAGGUGUAGCGGAGAAGAUCUCCGCUCCGACGAGAGAAUACGGCGGAGAUACAUCGAAGAUAUUGCUGGGGCUCAGAUCUAGAUUUGUUUUUUUUUCUCCCACCAGAGCGAAAUGGGAGCGCCGCCGUGUUUGA